AAUAUAGAGCUUAAACUGGGGUGGGGGUUGCUGGUGCGGUGUGGUGCAAGGGUCGUAGCGUUAAUUUCUUAUGGCUCUUUCCUUUUCCUGCCUUAUCGUCCCCUUCUUCAUCUUCUUCGUUUUCCCCAAUCUUUCUUGCCCAUGCCCCCCGCAGAAUCCACCAUGCGGUAGUUCUCCUCCUAUUGAAGUAAGUUUUCCUUUCUACACAGACAGCACUCCUCCUAUAUGCGGGGGGCUUCAUAGGAUCUCCUGCGAGGACUCCACACCGUUCGUCCAAUUUUAUGGGCAUGAGCCCUCGUAUGUCGUGAAGCAUAUCAACUACACUGAUCAGUCAAUCAUAAUUGAAGACCCAGGGUUCCGCAAUCACUUGUCGAUACCAGAUUGCAUUUUCCUUUAUAAAUUUGAUCCUCCUAUUCCCCUAGUCCAGACUCCACAGUCUCCACUCCUUCCCCAGUCUGUAAGACAGAACCAGACCCUCUUCAACUGCAAGCCGAAUGGUUAUGAUAUUUGUACCGACAUCUUCCACGACCUCUAUAAUCGUAGUCUUUGCAAAGGAUGCCAGCUCUAUUUUUCUAACAGAUCAGAGGAUGGAGGAAUGGGUCCGGAUGAGUGUUGGGGCGACGGUCCAAGCCCAUCGUUUGGAUGGAAGUUAGUAUUCGAGUAUGGACGCCUUUGGCUACAGUCUGCCAGUGCCUACUCGAAUCUAUUGCACAAUGACUUGGAUUCGGGUUGCUUCAAGCAUAAUUACACAGGAAAUUCCAUGUGUCCUGGCGACGACGAAUGCCAAGGAAAAAGCCACACGAAGAGGAAGAUUUUAGCAGGUUCAAUCUUGGCAAUGAUCGCAGCAGGUCUCCUUUUCUCUUGCUGUUUUUUCCUUUUCUCCCAACACCGACACAGAAAUCUUCUCAAGUCGAUCAUCUUUUGGAGGAGUAAAUCAAACAAUGCACAAAAUAUUGAAGCAGUUUUAGAAAAUUUCGGUUCCCUUGCCCCGAAAAGAUACAAGUAUGCAGAUCUGAAGAAGAUAACGAACUCUUUCUGCGACAAACUUGGCGAAGGAGGCUAUGGCAUUGUGUACAAAGGUAGCCUGCAAGAUGGUCGUUUGGUGGCUGUGAAGUUCUUAAGAAACUGCAGAGGCGAUGGAGAGGAAUUUUUGAAUGAAGUUGCCAGCAUUGGUAGGACCUCCCAUGUUAACAUUGUAAGUCUAAUUGGCUUUUGCUUCGAGGGGUCUAAAAGGGCUCUCAUUUAUGACUAUAUGCCCAAUGGAUCACUGGAGAAGUACAUCUAUUCAGAGAACCCGAAAACUACUCUUGGCUGGGAAAAGUUGUACGAAAUAGCAAUUGGCAUUGCCCGAGGGCUAGAAUAUUUACAUCGCGGGUGCAACACACGCAUAGUACACUUCGACAUCAAACCCCACAAUAUCCUUCUAGAUCAAGAAUUUUGUCCUAAAAUUGCAGAUUUUGGGUUAGCUAAAUUAUGCCCUCCGAAGGACAGUAUCCUUUCAGUGACAGGUGCUAGAGGAACCAUAGGGUUUAUCGCCCCAGAAGUCUUCUCUAGGAGCUUUGGAGUUGUUUCUACUAAGUCAGAUGUCUAUAGCUAUGGAAUGAUGGUUUUAGAAAUGGUUGGAGGAAGAAAGAAUGUAAAAGCAAGUGUAGAGAAUACUAGUGAAAUUUAUUUUCCACAUUGGAUUUAUGAUCAUUUGGACCAAGUUAGAGAUUUGCAGGUUGUUGAAAUGACAACAGAAUCGGAAGAAUUGGCGAAAAAGAUGAUCUUAGUUGGUUUGUGGUGCACGCAGAUGAUGCCCGGGAAUCGACCUUCAAUGAGCAGGGUAGUUGAUAUGUUGGGAGGAAGCAUCAGUGACUUGCAAAUGCCUCCAAAGCCGUAUCUAUGUUCUCCUUUGCAUUCAUUCAGAGCUUCAUUUAAUCCUAUGGGUUAAGAUGAUUUAACAAAUGCUAUUAUCUGCUUGUGCAAUGCUGGGUACUAUAUUAUUAGACCUGGUACCGUAUUUAAGACAGUCAAAGAAGUAUUGAGUCAUCUGGUGAUUAUGUUACUUCAAAGCUCUGAAAUGGAGUGUCAAGCUUAGUUUGCAGUGCCAGCAUGUCCGAAGAAGAAUUCAAAAAGAGAAAAACAAAUGUGUCCUUCGUUCAAGUAUAUGUGCAACCUUUGACAGGAACAACAAUUGUAAAGAUGAAUCUAAACCUCUAUGGCAAAUGCUUAUGUUCAUAAAAGCUAUAUGCAGGUAGUCUUCCAGCUUUUCGGAAAAUGUGAUGAGACUGAAAGAAGGGGAGAUGCAAGAGACUGCACAGAGCCACCAUGUCAAAUGAAGGCCAGCUCACUGUUUAACCGAAGAUAAUUAAAGCAACAGCUAAGAGCUUAUUUUCUAAAGUCACUUUAUGUCUACUUCUGAUAGUUCUUCAUAUGUACCUUUACACUGUUGAUAGCGAAUUUUUGGAGGAUAUGUAUUUUUUUUUCUUGAUGUUGUAAUUGGAUAUACUACAAAAUCAUAAAAUUUUGUAAAUUUUGAAAUUUUUAAUCAUGAUUUUGUCA